GGUUGGCCGAGUGUGCUCUUUAUCCACAACACUUAUCUGCUGCUCCUAGUUAAAUGCAAGUGACGUUAGCUUUUGUGGCUACUAGUGUCUUGCUGCGAACUCAUUCACUUCGUACGCAUACUAGCUGAAUGGUUGAACCGGAUACGGCAGAUAUUUUAGUGUAACGUUGGUAGCUAUCCGUUAACUUUCCAUUCGCUGUAGCUUGUUUUGCAGAUUAGCACAAAGCUGGCUAGCUGUGCGGCUAAUGUUAGUUUUUAGCAUCGCGUCGCGGAUAGCUAGCUAGCUAACUGUUGUUAGCCAUCUGACGUAAAUAACGCGGACUUUAGUUGUAUCUUACUUAAAGCCAAGGUAAUACUAGUGCACAGCUGAAUUACAAAACACAUUAGCUGUCACACUGGAUGACUAACUUUUAACGAUGGCGUUAACUGUGGAAGUCCCUGCUGAUGAGUGGCCCUGAGAAGUGAUUCCGCUGGAUGAGUUAGCAACAAUGUCCUGUAAAUCAACCAAAGUGGCCCCGAGUGUUGAUUUCGACCACAGUUGCUCCGACAGCGUGGAAUAUUUGACGCUCAAUUUUGGCCCAUUUGAGACUGUUCAUCGCUGGAGAAGACUCCCUCCGUGUGAUGAGUUUGUUGGUGCAAGGCGCAGUAAGCACACUGUUGUGGCAUACAGGGAUGCCAUUUACGUGUUUGGGGGAGACAAUGGAAAGAACAUGCUGAACGACUUGCUCCGUUUUGAUGUGAAGGACUGCUCAUGGUGUCGAGCCUUCACCACUGGAACUCCACCUGCUCCCAGAUAUCACCAUUCAGCUGUUGUCUAUGGCAGCAGCAUGUUUGUUUUUGGGGGCUACACCGGAGACAUCUACUCAAACUCGAACCUGAAAAACAAAAACGACCUUUUUGAGUACAAAUUUGCAACAGGGCAGUGGACUGAAUGGAAAGUGGAGGGGAGCUUGCCAGUAGCUAGGUCUGCACAUGGGGCCACGGUCUAUAGUGAUAAACUGUGGAUAUUUGCUGGCUAUGAUGGGAAUGCCAGGCUGAAUGAUAUGUGGACCAUCAAUCUGCAAGAUCGAGAACAUGCGUGUUGGGAAGAGAUCGAGCAGAGUGGUGAGAUUCCUCCAUCUUGCUGCAACUUCCCUGUAGCUGUUUGCAGGGACAAGAUGUUUGUGUUUUCUGGUCAGAGUGGAGCCAAGAUCACCAACAACCUCUUCCAGUUUGAGUUCAAGGGCCACAUGUGGACACGCAUCCCGACUGAACACUUACUGCGGGGCUCCCCUCCACCUCCCCAGAGACGUUAUGGCCACACUAUGGUUGCCUUUGACCGCCAACUGUAUGUAUUUGGAGGUGCGGCCGACAACACUCUGCCCAAUGAACUGCACUGCUACGAUGUGGACUCUCAGAGCUGGGAGGUGAUCCAUCCCAGCAUGGACAGUGAGAUGCCCAGUGGGAGACUGUUCCAUGCUGCUGCUGUGAUUCAAGAUGCCAUGUACAUCUUUGGAGGAACUGUGGACAACAAUGUGCGCAGUGGGGAGAUGUACCGAUUCCAGUUUUCCUGCUACCCAAAGUGUACACUCCAUGAGGACUAUGGCAAACUGUGGGAGAAUCGUCAGUUCUGUGAUGUGGAGUUUAUUCUGGGCGAGAGGGAGGAGAGAGUCUUGGGGCAUAUUGCCAUAGUGACUGCAAGAUGUCAGUGGCUGCGGAAGAAAAUCCUGCAGGCUUGGGAUAGGCAGCGACAGAAGACUAAACAAGACAGUUGCGAGGAAAGUGACGAAGGGGCAGCUGGAGGCCCGAGGGAUAUCCCAGCAAGCAACAGGCCGAUGCUAGAGGUAUCCAUCAGGGAAGCGGAGGCCCAGCCUUUUGAAGUCUUAAUGCAGUUCCUCUACACGGACAAGAUCCAGUACCCACGCAGAGGCCAUGUCCAGGAUGUUCUUCUAAUUAUGGAUGUAUACAAACUGGCCCUUAGUUUUCAGCUUUCCCGCCUCGAGCAGCUGUGUGUGCAGUACAUUGAGGCUUCUGUCGACCUGCAGAAUGUUCUCAGUGUUUGUGAAAAUGCCAAUAAGCUGCAACUGGACCAGCUCAAGGAACAUUGCCUUAAUUUUGUGGUGAAGGAGUCACACUUUAACCAGGUGAUCAUGACGAAGGAGUUUGAACGUCUGUCCACCCCACUGAUUGUGGAGAUUGUGCGACGAAAGCAGCAACCUCCUCUCCGGUUGUACUCAGACCAGCCUGUGGACAUCGGGACCUCCCUGGUCCAGGACAUGAAGGCGUACCUGGAGGGAGGCGGCUUGGAGUUCUGCGACAUUGUCCUGCUGUUAGACGGACAACCACGGCCAGCUCAUAAAGCCAUACUGGCAGCCCGAUCCAGUUACUUUGAGGCGAUGUUCCGCUCCUUCAUGCCCGUGGAUGGUCAGGUUAAUAUCUCCAUCGGUGAGAUGGUUCCAAGUAAGCAGGCCUUUGAGUCGAUGCUGCGUUAUAUCUACUAUGGCGACGUUAACAUGCCUCCAGAGGAUUCCCUCUAUCUGUUUGCUGCACCAUAUUACUACGGGUUUUCAAACAACAGACUGCAGGCUUACUGCAAGCAGAAUCUGGAGAUGAAUGUCACUGUGGAAAAUGUCUUGCAGAUUCUGGAGGCAGCUGAUAAGACCCAGGCUCUGGACAUGAAGAAGCACUGCCUGCACAUUAUUGUCCACCAGUUCAUUAAGGUAUCCAAGCUCCCCAACCUGCGGUCUCUCAGCCAGCUGCUGCUGUUGGACAUCAUUGAGUCUCUAGCUACACACAUAUCAGACAAACAGUGUGCUGAGAUGGGCUCCGACAUUUAAGAGGACGCCAAGAGCCGGGCUCUUUUCUCUCACAGAAGCCAUACAUCUCUGCUCCGCCUACUUCUAGUCAUUCCCUCGUCGCUAACGUGCAGUUCUUUUCUUUAUGUUGGCCCUCGCAUGUCUUGACCCACAAACAGUAGAAGGCUUUCACACAGUAUCAAAUUGUUCUCACUCUGUAUCUCAAUGAGGAGUGAAAUCAUGGAAGAAACCGGAUUCUAGCUCGGUUACAAUUUGUUAAAUGGUCUAAAAUUCCCUUUUAUGUUAAGUUUGUGAUUUAUUUAUUUUGAUUACAGAAUUAAAACUUUUGCGAGGUUUUAUUCUGCUCAGUAUUGCUGCUGCAUUUUUUUAAUACAUGUAGAUAUGCAGUGGACUGUAAUAACUCAUACUUGUGACACUAUAGAACGUUUCAAGUGUGGCGAUCAGCUGUUAUCUGCUCAGAUACAUUCUAAGUCAUCUAAAUGCAACUUGAAUGAAGUAUACUAUUACAUGGAUUAUUUAUCUAUAAAACUGUAUUCAUCACUUGCAGUAUUCUCAGCUCUUACUCAGUUAACAAGCCUGGAUUAAAUGUAAGGAAUCGAAAUCAUAUGAAAAUAAUUAGAAUGUAUGUCCGUCUUAAAGCUCUUUGUUUUUGUUUAAUGUUAUUGUCACUGGUACACAUCUUUGUAACACGUAUCAUCUCUUACCAUUACUAACAGACUAUCCAUACAAUAGCAAUGUGUAUUUAGUGACAUCAGUAUGCUGUUAUUGAAUAUUUCCCCAUACGGGUUUCAUGUAUUUAAAGCCUUAAUAAAUCUUAUACAAAAUGA